UGAACAGUUUCAACGAAACGUCAAAUAAUUGUCAAAAGAGUUUUGGUUAUUUUGAUAACCUGUUGUCUAGAUUAAUUGAAUUUAUACAGAAUAACAAAUUUAUUAUUUACACAAGAUGGCUACUAAUAUCAACCAGAAAGCAUAUUUGCAAAAAUAUCUCAGUGGCCCGUCGGGAGAGAAAAAAAAGAAGAAGAAAAAGUCCGUCAAAGGCGCGGGCCUUAAAAUAAUAGAUGAUGACAUAGAUCUAUCUAAGCUCCGUCCACUGGACGGUGAUGAGUUGGACAUAUUGGAUCAGGGUGAGGAUGCUCCACAAAUAGCUGGCAUAAUUGAUGAGAGGCCCGAGGAAGUUAAAAAGGCGGAGCAAUUCAGUAUCAGCUCAAAAUGGAAAGUUAUUAAUCAGGAUGAUGGAUUCAAUAGUAAACUUGAAAUCAGCGAAAUAAAAAGUGACAUAAAGCAAGUCGAAAAGGAAAAUGAACUGAUAUUUGGUAAAAUGUACAGUGACUCCGAAGAUGAACAGAAAAACAAUUCUGAUGCUUCUCCACCAAGGAAACCUACAAAUGAUAAUCAAGCUAAAUCUAAACCUUCCAAAAAACAUGACAGCGAUAGUGAUUUUAGUCCCCCUAGGAAAACCGAUAGGUCACCAAGAAGUUCUAAAAAAGAAAGAGCUAGAAAACCUAGUCGAUGGGGAGAUUUUGGACCUGAAACAGUAUCUACAGAUCAUUCACCUAAGAGAGGCGACAGAAACCCUUCACCUCACAGAAAGUCAAGAAAAGAUACUUCAAAACGAAGAUCGCCAAGUUCAGACCAAUCUCCGCCAAGAAAAUCUAGAAAUAACGAUUCUGAUGCAUCACCACCAAGGAAGUCACGCAAAAAUAAUGAUUCGGAUGAGUCUCCACCCCGAAAAUCUAAAAAAAAUCACGAUUCGCGAAGAAAUGAUGACUCUCCCCCUAGAAAGUCAAAAAAGAACUACGAUUCAGACAUGUCUCCCCCCAGGAAAUCUAAAUCAGAUGGAAGAAGACCAGAACCUUUCUCCCCAUCAAAGAAACGCAGGCAUUCUCCGGAAAAACAGAACUAUAAAGACAGAAAUGACAAACAUAACUCUAGACAGGAUAGAUCCAAAAAGUACAAACAUUCCUCAGAUUCCGAUAUGUCUCCCCCAAGGAAAAAUAAGAGGCAGAAAUCUAUAUCCCCCAGUCGUAAACAACGAUCGGACCAUAAGAGAAAAUACAACAGUGAUUCAGACCAAUCACCUCCUAGGAGAGAGAGGAAUAAUGAUAGACGGGGAAGGAAUGAUAGCCCUCCUCCGUCUAACAAGAAAAUGGCUAAAACUCUUACUGGUAUGACGGCUGGCUUGCAAGACGCGAAGCAACUGAGGAAAGAGAGUGAAAAGUUUAGGGAAAAAGAGGAAGAGGUGUUUAAGAAGAUGUCCGAUGAAGUCUCGGGAAGAAAUGCUCAAGUUGUUUCAAGAAAAAGUAAAAGGGAAACGUCGGAAGACAGGCAGAAACAGAAAGAAAAAGCUGAAAGACAAAAGGUUUUGGACGAGAAAUACAAGAAAUGGAGUAAGGGUAUAAAACAAAUCCAAGACCAAGAGUCACGCGUAGCCGAGUUCCUGCAUGAAGCUUCGAAGCCGCUAGCGAGGCACAAGGACGACCGCGAUCUAGAAGACAAUCUGAAGCAGAUUGAGAGGGCAGGGGAUCCUAUGCUCAAGUAUAUUAGAGAGCGGAAGAGAGAGAGGGGAGAGCUGGGGCCUGAAAAACCCAUGUACAAAGGCAAUUUCCCGAUCAACCGCUUUGGGAUUCGUCCAGGCUACCGCUGGGAUGGCGUCGAUCGCUCAAACGGCUACGAAAAGAAGUACUUCGACCAACAAAGCAAGCGGAAAGCUCAAGAAGAGGAAGCAUACAAGUGGAGUAUAGAAGACUUGUAAUUUGUACCCUAUUUUAGUGUAAUAAAGCUCAAUUUACAACGGGAUUGAAGCGAAGCGGUGAGUGCGUUCGUGAGCGGCGUUCCAUUGAGUUUAACAGUUAUGUGUCUUAUUAUAAGGCAUAAUUUUGCUUAAUUUUAGUGUGAGUUAAGCUGAACUAUGUUUUAUAUUAACCAACUUAAAGUCUAAAAUCAUAUGACACUGAAAGCACGCCGCUUCGCUGUCAUUCGAUGCGAUUUGAGUUUAGAAGAAUUUAGAAUGAACGUCUUAUGUAAUGUGAUUACGUAUUUGUAAGACUGUACAUAUUUUUGUAAGAAUAAAGUAUUUUUAAGGUAA